AUGGGUUCAGCGCCAAUCGUGUCUCAUGGUCGAGGAGGUCAAGGAAAUAUCAGCGCAGAUUCUACAGAAUAUGUAGAUGCUGAGAUCACACGCCAGGGUCCAGAAGGCGAUCAGGGCGAUGGAGCUUAUUCUGCUGGUCGCGGCGGAGCAGGCAACAUUGCCGCUACGGACCUCCCUCCAACCACGAAACAGCCACAUGACGCCGACAUAAUUCCAGUGCUUGCAAUCCAUCCAUCCCAAGAGGGUGAUUAUCAUACCGGACGCGGUGGCCAAGGGAAUUUUAUCCAACAAUCCAAAUCAGCUGACGACGGCGCAAAGGAGAAUGAAGAAGACACGUCAAAGAGGAGGUCCGUCGUUGUGGGCCUAGCUGAUAUGUUGAAAACGUUGUUGGGGAAGAAACGAGAGUGA